AUGGGUCCACUUGAACAAGUUGACACCCCUUCCUCCCCCACAGAGGUCAUCGGCCUCCCUUGCUUUCCCUUGCUCUUGUUCCUGGGCACCAAGGAGGCCAACGAGGUGUUGGUUCGGCCCAGACGAGCCAAUCAAUUCUUGGAGGAGCUCAAGCAAGGCAACAUGGAGCGUGAAUGUAAUGAGGAACGUUGCACCUGGGAGGAAGCUCGGGAGAUUUUUGAAGAUACAGAUAAAACUGAAAAAUUCUGGAACAAAUAUAAGGAUGGGGACGCGUGUCUUUCGAAGCCAUGCGCUCACAGAGGACGCUGUGUUGAUGGGAUUGGUGGAUACACCUGCUACUGCUACGAAGGCUACCAAGGUUCCAAUUGUGAAAUUGCUAUUCCUCAGCUCUGUGAGAACCAAAACGGAGGCUGCCAGCACUUCUGCAAGGUGGAGCAAGGAAAUAUUGAGUGCUCGUGUGCUGAUGGAUAUUACCUGGCCUCUGAUGACAAGUCCUGUGAAUCUAAUGAACCCUUCAAAUGUGGCGUCCUAAUAGCCAGCAAAACCAGGACCGUUUUCAGGUACCAGCGCCCAAACAUAACAGAGGGAAAUGCCACCUGGCUCAACCUGACCCAUGCUGAAGGCAGCAACACCUCCACUUUCGGUCUGCCAGAGAGCUCACUCCCUGGCAGCAACAGUAGCGAUCCAAUAGUGGAGAAAGAAGUAGAGGAAGAAGAAAUCUCCGAUGAAGUAUCAGGAAUGACCCGCAUCGUCAACGGAAAGGACUGCCCACCAGGAGAAUGUCCGUGGCAGGCACUUCUCAUCGAUGAACACAACGUAGGGUUUUGCGGUGGUACCAUCCUCAAUGAAUACAUAAUCUUAACGGCGGCGCACUGCCUGAACCACACGAGUUUUAUCACUGUGAGGCUGGGUGAGUUUGACGUAAGAGUUCACGAGGGGACUGAAUCCACCCACUAUCUGGAGACCGCACUAACGCACAAGCUGUACCGCUCGGACACUUUUCACAAUGACAUUGCGAUCCUCAAACUGGCCACACCCAUCAAGUUUUCCAGGUACAUCCUGCCAGCCUGCCUCCCUGAGCCGGAUUUUGCUGAGAACGUUCUCAUGAAACAACAGGACGGGAUGGUAAGUGGUUUUGGCCGUCUCGGUGAAAAUCUGGACACAUCCCCCAUCCUGCAGCGUCUGUCUGUACCUUACGUGCCGCAACAAACUUGUAAAGAAUCUAGCAGUUUUCGUAUCUCAGCGCACAUGUUCUGCGCAGGCUACGACAAUAAAGCUAUGGAUUCCUGCCGAGGAGACAGUGGCGGGCCACAUGUUACGGAGUACAAAAACACUUAUUUUGUCACUGGUGUAGUGAGUUGGGGUGAAGGCUGCGCAAGAGAUGGCAAAUAUGGCGUCUACACUCAAGUAUCAAAAUUUACCAAAUGGAUCCGUUAUAUCAUGAAGUUGUUGAUGCGCAAAGACACGAGUCUGGGUAGGGUUAGGAGGCACCCAGGAACAUUCAAGAGGCUUUAUUUGUAA